UCAGCGCGCGAGAUCAGUUUUGAGUGGCGUUGGAAGUUCGAAGGCGUGAGGCGAAACAACCCCGAAAAAGUCGAAUUUAAUCGGUUGGAUCUGCGUUGUAAUAAUGACGGCUUAGGCUUGAAGGGUCGAUAUGUAUAUACAGUAAGUCAUCGGUAGUGAGCCAUCAUGCCUCAUAAACCAACUCCUAUGGAUCUGUCGCAUUUCAUUCCUGACAAGAUCAAGGAAUGCGAUCGCAAGUUGAGGCAAAAAGAUGAAAGGAUUGUUGCCUUGGAGACAGAGAAUGCCAUGCUGUAUCUGAGACUUGCCCAGUUACAAGGAGAGUUGGGGAGCACCCGGGAAGCAAUGGGUCACAUGAAACGGGUCAUGGAGGCUGAAGACGAUUCCCAGCUACGUAUUGGACACGCCUGCAUUGAUAUGCAUCACAAAGUAAAGGAAUGCAAGCAUGACCUGCAGCAGCUGCGUGACCUCGUGGAGUCCGUGCCCAGCCAGGUGACCUUUGACCUCGACCUACUUCAGGAGAAAGCAGCUAGACUCACUCAGUCGCUCUUGACAGACAAUCUGGACAUGCAGGAUUUGCGAGAUCGAGUGUAUGAGCUUGAGGAAGAGGUCAAGACUGCUGAUCAGCGUUUCACUAAGGAGAAGAAGAGGAGAAAGGAAAUACAUAACACGCUGGUGGAACUCCGUGGCAACAUUCGAGUGCACUGCAGGGCACGUCCCAUCAUGUCGAGAGACGCUGGACCGGGUAUAAUGACUGAUCAAGUCGUCCAUAUCAUUGACGAUGAGAAUCUUGCUGUCAAGUACAACAAACCAGGGAUUGGGGCAUCCAAUAAAAUGUUUGAAUUUGAGCAUGUUUAUGGGCCUCUUGAUAAUCAGUUUGACGUCUUUGAAGAAGUUCAGCCGUUGUUGACAUCACUCCUUGAUGGCUAUAAUGUUUGCAUCAUGGCGUACGGGCAGACAGGCAGUGGUAAGACGUACACCAUGCUGGGUGACAACUACUCCGACUUACAGAUAGAUGAAGAAUUAGAGAUACGUGCAUCGGAUGGCGUGGUUCCAAGGGCUGCCGUGGAAAUGUUCAAGUUGAUAGCGGAAAAACCAGCCAACAGUCACAGCAUCGAGGUGUCCGUCGUGGAAAUCUACAACAAUGAUAUCCGAGAUCUCUUAGAGCCUGAUGCAGCUGUGGUCAAACUCAACAUACGAACCUGCGACGAUGGCUCCAUGGAAAUACCGUCACUCACCCAAAGACAAGUGGAGAACGCGUCCGAGAUCGUAGAACUGGUGCAGUACGGAAUGAAGCAUCGUCACGAGGACGCUACACUGGUACACGCUCACUCUAGCCGGUCCCACCUCAUCGUCACACUCACCGUGUCUACCUUUCCCCAGGGGGUACCGACCACCACACCUAAUGCCUCUAGGAGUGCCUCACCGGUGCCCGAACUACCUUCUCCAGGGAGUUUUCCAGCGCGGAAUUUGCGUCGUAACCUGUCCAUCCCGGCCAUAGCUUUCCAAUCCCUGAGCCUUAGCGGCACUAACUCCCCGCUCCAGAUCCAAUCAGGUAGCAGUACCCCGGUCUUCUUUCCUCCUAGCCUGCCUGGGGUGGUCAAGACCAAACUCCAGCUGGUGGACUUAGCUGGCAGCGAAUGCGUUGGUAUGUCUGGAGUAACCGGGGCAGCGUUACGUGAGACUUCCCACAUCAACCGUAGCCUGUCCGCUCUCUCGGAUGUCCUAGCUGCCCUGGCGGAAGGCAGGUCUCACGUGCCUUACAGGAACAGCCGUUUAACCCACCUGCUGCAAGACUCUAUAGGCGGCGAUGCCAAGUUGUUGGUACUCUGCUGCGUGUCGCCAACUCAAGCCUUCGUCACGGAGACCCUGCAGUGCCUGGGGUUUGGCACCCGGGCGAGGCAAGUCCAACGGGGACAGACCAAGAAGCGGACGGCCACCGGUAGUGGUGGCCAAUCCAGCGGUAGUACAGCUCAUUCCAGUCAGUCGGGUGAGCUUUCACCGAUAGCGAUAGCACGGAACAGAGGUCACAGGUCAAGCCUGGCAGUCACCUCGUCGGGAUCCUUAUUACCUGUGCCCCAUCAUCUUAAGGAAGCCCAUAUGCGCCACAGAGGAAGCGUGCCCAAUUUGGAGUCACACCUGGCCCAGUUCAACGCAGGUCGUCGCUCGCCACGACCGCUUCGGCCGGCGGUCAACAGGAGCGACAGCUCUCACAAAUGAGUGAGUAACCCAAGGUGGCAUCAAGACCCAUUUCUUCCAACACAUGGCCUGUUGGAUCUUUGCUUCCCCGUUAUCCCGUAAGUCUCUAUUGCUUUGCAGAUGGCAAUCAGUUUUAACUCUUGUAGAUAAAGUCAGUGGGGCCAUAUUGCCUGAAAACUACACGAAAAACAGUGUGCUAAAGUGAGAUUGGAAGAAAAUUGCCAGACACAGUGUUUUAUUUGCCUGGCUUUUGCCUGAUUUUUGAUUUGUGUUAACUUCUUAUCAAGUUGACGUAAAUGUCAACAUAAGUGAAUCGUCAGAUGCACAGAUGUUCCAGACAUUGAAUGAACGUACGCAAAACUCUUUUGAACGUGGCAGCAAUGCGCUUAUGUAUAAAUUUGUUAGGAGCAGUGGAAAUGUUUAAAUUAACACUAACAUUGAGGGAAUGAUCAUGAGUUUUUCUUGAGGAUUGGGGGGGGGGCAAAUGUUCUUCCAUGGCCUAACAUUGCUAUGCUUGACAGUCAAGCUAAUUUGAAAUUAAUUAGUUAUGCAAAAGAAAGUGUAUUUUGCUUUUCUAUUAACUUAUGUUAGCAGAAUGUAUAGAACAUAACUUUGUAUAGCAUAAUACUUUUUAUGAAACCUGUACAUUUAUAGAUCCACUUUUUGUACAUGUAUAUAGAAACAGAAAUAAACCUUGGCACAUCUGUAUAUAGCAAAGAAAAAUACAGAAUUGAAACUUGUUUCUUGUGUUGAUGUACUGAUAGUUUAAUACUACUCUUUGAAAUAGAAUGCUCAAUCACCAAAUGUGGCUCACAAUGGCUCAGCAUAUACACGGUCUGCAUUUAACUUAAAGAAAUGCAACUUUUUCUCGGAUCCGCUGAUUUUCUCUUUUUUGACCUCCCAUGUGUGUCAUUGAAAAUGCAGAAACACUGUACAAAGUGGUGGAAAGAUUAGAAUUUUUUCCUUUUUUUGUGACUUUCUAGUUACAUGCCUAAUCUUACAUGAUGAUAAUUAGAGGAAGUAGAUCUGGGGGGGGGGGUAAAAGUGGGCCAAGAAUUGAAAGUUAUUGCUCAAGUUAACACACUGCUACAGCUCAAAAAUUAUAUUUUUACAAUUUUGAGAUAAAAGUAAAGUUACUAAAUUU